AUGAUAGAUGUAAAAGAAAAUAAUUGGAAAAAAGGAAGUAAACGAAAAAGACAUUUUAAAGGAGAUAAUGACAAAAUGAAUAACCCCCAUCUGUGGAAUGAUAAAAAUGAAGAAGUUAAUAUGACUAUGGAAUCUACAAAUAGUUCGAAUAAAUUUAUAUAUGAAGGAAGUGUAAAAAUAAAGAAUAAGAAGAAUCAUAUAUUUUAUAAUAAGGCUCAAGUAUUUAAUCGUGAUAUGAGUAUUGUUUUAAUAAAAGGUUUGGAAAUUUUUAUGAAAGAAAAAAAUAAAAAUAAUGAGAAAAUAAUAUUUCGUGGAUUUAAUAUUAUUGAAUUAUUAAGUGCUAGUGGUAUGAGAAGUAUAAGAUAUGCGAAAGAAUUAGAAGAUACAAUUAAUCAUAUAACAACUAAUGAUAUAGAUAAAUAUGCAUGUAAACAAAUUAAAAGAAAUUUUAUAAGAAAUAAUAUAAAGAAAGAAAAAUAUACUAUAUUAUGUAAUGAUGCUAAUAGUGUUAUGAAUAUAUUAAAUGUUGAUAAUAUGUAUACUAAAAAAAGGAAUAAUAAAAAACUAGAUAUUGGAUUUACAUAUAUUAAUAAUAUAAAUAAUUGUAUUGAUUAUUUUAAAGAAGCUUUUAAAUUUCUUAACUUCUUAACACACUAUAAUAGAAGAAAAAAUUGUCCAUUAGAAAAUGAAAUAGAAAAUGAUAGUGACUCAACUACCUUCUUAUCAAAUGAUGAUGAAGUUAUAACAACUAAGAUUGAUAAUACAUGUGAGGAUGAAACAUAUAUUUAUGAAGAAAAAUAUGAGAAAAGUGAUAUAAAUAGUAAUGAAAAUAAUCCAAAUGUUGAUGAACAAAAUAUAUGUUUAGAUGAUAUAAUUAAAAAAAGUAAAUUAAUUGAAAGAUAUAUGUUUGAUAUUAUUGAUAUAGAUCCAUAUGGAUCUUCUAUUGAUUAUCUUGAAAGUUGUUUAAAAUAUGGAAGAAGUAAUUUCUUUAUUUUAAUAACAAAUACAGAUAUGAGAAUAUUAAAUGGAAAAUUCCCUGAUGUAUCAUUUUAUAAAUAUAAUAGUAUGAUAUUUAGUAAUAAAGUAAAUUAUAAUAAUGAAUUUAGUAUAAGGGUAUUAUUUUAUAAAAUCAAAAUGAUAGCAUCCAAAUAUAAAAAAUGUAUUAUUCCAUUUAUAUCAAUUAAUAUAGAUUUUUAUAUACGUUUAUUAGUUCAUGUUAUUGAUGAUGCACUACAAACAAAAGAUGUAUGUAUAGAUACAGGAAUUGUGUAUCAAUGCAAUAAUUGUUCUAGUUUUCAUAUUAAUCCAAUGGCCUACAAAAAGGAUGUCAACCACCUUUCAUCUAUUGCAGAAAAUCCUCAUUCGAAGAAGAGGAGAAAAAUGAAAAAAAAUAAAAAUUUGCAUGUUGGAAAUGACGUUGAUGAAAUGAAUGAUGAGAUAUCACUUGAUCACAAUAAAAUAAACGAUCAAAAUGGUAAUACUAAUAAUACAAUAACGACUACUACUACUACUACUA